CCGCAUUUGUUUACAUUAGAGAUGUUGCCUUGCAAUGCGUGAUGAGAGUGGUAGUUUGUGAUAUUUUGUGUGGUGUCGGUUUCGCUAGCUAUGUUCUGCUCUACGUGAAGUAAAUCUUAGCACCCAACCCACCUCUCAUGGUCUGUAAUUGCCGUGUGCUAUCAUUCUAUGGUGCUAUGGCGGCGAUAGAAUCCUUCAUGCAGUAUACGCUGUGCGAGCUGUGUAGGCUGAGCCAUAACGUUGGGAAAAAGCACGUGUAUUCGAGGAAACACCAAGAAAUCGUCAAAAAUGUGUUGGCAAAGUACCUUAAGAAAGUGAACGAAGCGAAGCAAUUCUUGAAGAAACCUGAAGUGCACGAUUUGCUUUGGGAAGAUGGGGCUAAAGUUUGGUGCUACUUUUGCACCAUGGAGAUCGAAAAACACGGGCGAAAAGUUGACGAUGCUUUGAGCGUUCGCUGCUACAACUUUCUCUUGCACCUUGCAACGCCAGCCCACGAAGCUGCCUGCAAGUCUUUCUUCUGGAAGAAUAAAAUCAGCAAGACAUCCAUUAAGCUGUACAUCAUCCAGAGUGCCACAGUUUCGAAAGCCGAGCCACUUAUUAAUGCUGCAGAAAAGGCCUACCUUGAGAAAAUGGAAAGGCUGGAUCAAAAGAAUGUUUCUGCCAUCCUUAAAGCCAACAAGCAGAGAGAGGACAUUGUGAAGAAAGCACGCCUCGAGUACUCUUCAGCGAUUAGCGAACAUGCUGGUCCCCAACCUGGCUGCAGCAGCUGGUCAUCCGUAAAUGGCAAUUCAUCAUCGAGCGAACAGCGACCCCUACCACAGGUUACGAAAGGAAACAUCCACACUGGAGCAAAGCCUCCCUGGCUGUACGAAGACAGUGAGGAGGAAGCUGAAGAGGAGGCAACCAUGGCCAAGCAUCCGUGCAUUGGAGAGCUUUCCAAGGCACCCAUUGGACCCACAAUGGAGGACUUCCAGAGACAUUUGUUCGUGGAGAAGCGGAAGAAGCUCAACCCAAACCGUGUUGGGGCAAAUUUCGACCACUUUUCGGAGACGUCAGAAGAGUGGCUUCCAUCAUUUGGACGUGUGUGGAACUUUGGUAGAAGGUGGCAGUCGAGGAGUCAGUACCGAAAGGAAGAGAAGAUUGCAAGAAAGUGGAAGAAGCCAAAGGAAAGUUAAACUUUGCCUGGAGAAAGACUGAAUGGGCACAACUCUGUCACUGCUUUUUGUAAAUAAUAAAUGGUCUAUACUUUCUGAAA